AGAUCAAACACAACAAGCAGCCUUCUCAUACCUACUCCAGUGACCUUGGGACUUGGGAGGUUUCAGCAAAGAUCUUAGUUUUAGUGGUUAAUGAACAUGGCUUCUGUUUCAGCUAAGAAAGCUUCAGAGAUUGUGGCACUUUUGGAUCUGAAACCCCACCCUGAAGGGGGUUUCUACUCUGAAACCUUCAGGGAUUUCUCCAUCAAUCUCUCCCAAUCUCAACUUCCACCUCAAUAUAAAGUCGACCGUCCUAUCAGUACGGCAAUAUACUUCUUGCUUCCAUCCGGGAGUGUCUCACACCUUCAUCGUAUCCCUUGCGCUGAAGUUUGGCACUUCUAUGCCGGAGAGCCGCUCACAGUGUUUGAGUUACACGAUGAUGGGAAGAUCGAGCUGACAGUCUUGGGGCCAGACCUUGAUGCUGGCCAACGUCCUCAGUAUACCGUGCCGCCAAAUGUUUGGUUUGGAUCAUUCCCGACAUUAGAUGUAAUAUCCUUUUCAACCGACGGCAGUGUGCUCGUGAAAUCACCGAGUAGGGAUCCUGAGUUGCAUUAUUCUCUGGUAGGCUGCACUUGCGCCCCGGCCUUCCAGUUUGAGGAUUUCGACCUGGCCAAGGCCGGAGAGCUGAAUGCUAUUGCUCCUGCUGCUGAGCCUUUUCUAAAAUAUCUCACCCUUUCAGAUUGAGCCCUGUUGUACUUUCUCAUAUCACAAGAGAACUUUCUUAUUAUCACUUUGGAUUGAAGUAAUAUUUGAUAAACUGAGGGUAUUUGCUUUAUGCUACUGAAUUCCUACUACGGUGAAUAAAUUAACAGUUGUGCUUUGGUUCACA